GGGAGGGAGGCAGCCGCAAAAUUUAUUCACAAAAAAUUUUGCGCUCAAAAUGGUAAGAAUACACCUCAAUACACCAAAUCAAACCCUAAAGCCAUUCCAUUUUUUGCCACCAAAGCCCCCUCUCACUCCCCCUUAAACCCUAAACCCUCCCUCAAAAAUCAAAAGCACCCACCUUUUUUCAUCCAAUGGCUAUGUCCUCACUUGUCAUCAAAGCUCGAGUCAGAGCGAACCCACUCCUAACAUGGCGUGCCCUCCGUUUCCGCAACAUCUGCAGCGGCGGUUUCGGUGUCGCCACGUCGGAGUCCGACCCGGCUAACCCACCUGUGGCAGGGACCAAGUUUCUUGAGUCGUUUAAAGAAGAGUUCGAAGUUGGAUCUCGGGUAAUUUCACUUGAAACGGGUAAAAUUGCUCGUUUUGCUAAUGGGGCUGUCGUUUUGGGUAUGGGAGAGACCAAAGUUUUGUCCACUAUUGCUGCCGGUAAAGGCGACGCCGUUCGAGACUUUUUGCCCCUGACUGUUGAUUAUCAAGAGAAGCAAUUUGCUCAAGGUGUGAUUCCAAAUACAUUUAUGCGGAGGGAGGGUGCUCCAAAAGAACGUGAACUUUUAUGUGGUCGUCUCAUUGAUAGGCCCAUACGGCCUCUUUUUCCCGCUGGUUUUUACCAUGAGAUCCAGGUAAUGGCAAGUGUUCUUUCUUCUGAUGGUGAACAAGAUCCAGAUGUGAUGGCAGCUAAUGCGACAUCUGCUGCUCUAAUGUUAUCAGAUGUUCCAUGGGAUGGACCCAUUGGAGUGGUGCGGAUAGGGAGAAUUUGCGGGCAGUUUAUUGUUAAUCCAACUAUGGAUGAGCUUAAUUUAAGUGAUCUCAAUUUGGUAUAUGCCUGUACAAGGGACAAAACCUUGAUGAUAGAUGUGCAAGCUCGUGAAAUCUCCGAGAAAGAUUUAGAAGCUGGUUUAAGACUGGCUCAUCCAGAAGCGGUCAAAUAUCUUGAACCUCAAAUCAGACUGGCUGUGAGAGCUGGCAAACAAAAGAAGGAAUACACAUUGUCUAUGGUCUCUGAACAAACCUUUGAAAAAGUCAGAAACCAUGCCGAAGCACCAAUAGAAGCUGUUUUUACUGAUCCUUCCUAUGGCAAGGUUGUUCGCAAAAGAAUUAUUGCUGAAGGAUAUAGAGUUGAUGGGAGACAUCUUGAUGAAGUUAGGCCAAUAUAUUGUGAGGCUGGCCAUUUGCCUAUAUUGCAUGGAUCUGCUCUUUUUAACCGUGGAGAUACUCAGGUUCUUUGUACUGUGACACUUGGAGCUCGUGAGGAUGCUCAACGGUUGGAUUCUUUGGUUGGUCCUCCAACAAAGCGCUUCAUGCUUCACUAUAGUUUUCCACCAUUUUGUAUCAAUGAAGUUGGUAAACGAGCUGGCCUCAACAGACGUGAAGUAGGGCAUGGAACACUUGCGGAGAAAGCUCUUCUUUCUGUGUUACCUCCUGAAGAUGAUUUCCCAUACACUGUUCGCAUCAAUUCUGAAGUCAUGGCUUCAGAUGGUUCAACAUCAAUGGCUACUGUUUGUGGAGGCAGUAUGGCUUUGAUGAAUGCUGGCAUUCCAUUACGGGAACAUGUUGCAGGUGUUUCAGUGGGCCUUGUUACUGAUGUAGACCCUGCAACUGGUGAAAUUAGGGACUACCGUAUUUUGACUGAUAUUUUGGGGCUGGAAGAUCAUCUGGGAGACAUGGACUUCAAGAUCGCUGGGACAAGGAAUGGAGUUACAGCAAUUCAAUUGGAUAUAAAACCUGCUGGAAUUCCUUUAGAUAUAAUAUGCGAGUGUUUAGAGCCUGCUCGUAAAGGUCGCCUUCAAAUUCUUGAUCACAUGGAGCAAGAGAUUAGUGUGCCGCGAACUCAAGUUUAUAGAAAUUCUCCUCGACUAGUUACAUUGAAGUUUAGCAAUGAAGCUAUUCGGCGAUUUAUUGGACCUCUAGGCUCUCUUAAAAGAAAAAUUGAAGAGGAAACAGGUGCACGGAUUUCUAUAGGCGAUGGAACAAUUACUAUAGCUGCUAAGAAUCAGACUAUGAUGGAGAGAGUGCAAGAUAAGGUUGAUUUCAUGAUUGGCCGUGAAAUUGAGGUUGGAGGAAUCUAUAAAGGCAUUGUGACAUCAAUCAAAGAAUAUGGUGCCUUUGUGGAGUUUAAUGGUGGACAGCAAGGCCUGCUACACAUUUCUGAGUUGUCACAUGAACCGGUGUCUCGGGUUUCAGACGUGGUGUCUGUUGGCCAGCAAAUUUCUCUGAUGUGCAUAGGGCAAGACGUUCGUGGUAAUAUUAAAUUGUCUCGUAAAGCAACUUUACCUCAGCCUGAAUCUGAGAAAAAAAGUGUAGUUGAAGGAUCUGCUCCUGUUAGUAAAGAAGAACCUAAUAUUUGGGGUGCACUUGAGAAUGUGUCUAAUGGAGAGCAGCAGAAGUCUACUCUAGAGGAGUUGCGUUUGAGCAAAAAUGAGAAUACUGCAUCUAACCCUUCUGCUUCUUCACCACCAGCAGUAGUAAUUCGAAGUGCUGCAGAGUGUGAUGAGGAAGAAAAAUCUGCUGGUUUGAGUAAGGCUUCCAAAAGUGCACCUAUACGAUUGUUCACUUUGAAAAGGGAUAAAAAGCUGAAAAUAGUCCAGUCUUCCAAUGACAAGCCCGAUUCGACUCUUAUCGGUCUGUUUUCAAAAUCCUCAUCUCGAAUAGAAAGGGAGAAAAAAUUGUUUUCCAAAGAUGACGAUGAAGGUGAGAAUAAUCUGAAUAAUCUGAAUGACCAGGAAACUGAUGUUAAGACUCGUAUGACACCACAAAAGCUGAAGUUAGGAACAAAGGUUACUGCAAAGAUUUAUCAAAUUCGUGCUCGUGGUUUAGUUCUUGAUUUGGGUGGUGGAAUUCGUGGCAUGUAUAGGUUUGAGCCCAAUGGCGAGAAGGACUUUAAUAUAGGCGAUGAGUUGCAAGUCCAAUGUUCAAGUUUUACAAGUAAAGGUGUCCCGGUAAUGUCUUUGGUGGAUGAGGAAUGAUAGCACAUUGACAGACCUUAGAAUGUCUCAUAGAUGGUGAAGCAUUGUGGUCGACGGAUAUUCUUGAACAGUGACGGAGCGUUAUUGACCAAGCAUGUAAGGAGAAGGCCUGUGCAUCUAUGUAAUAUGGUUCAGAUAUUAAAAGUUCUCUGCAAUUGCUUAAGGAAGCUUUCGCAACCUGCCUAACCUAUGGAAAUGCCGAGAAUGCUGGCAUUCGGUAGGAAGCCAGCUUUACAAGCAAUAGUAACCUUUGCCACCGGGCGAACCAUCAUAUAGUCAAAAUGUAUGAUACAUGGUUUGCAUACUCUUAACCUCAGUGAUUUUGAUGAUUGGAUAGCCUAUUACCUGUGUUUUGUUAACAUUUAUCAAAAAUAAAUCUGGCGAUUUGAAGAAACAGGGAGGAAUUUGUUGCUGUAACUUUUUUCUGAUUCAGCUCCUAAACAGACUAGGUUCCUUGAUUCUGCAGUAGAAUCCUUCAUUGAUGAUAUAGCAAUAGCAAAUGCUUGUGAGUUAAAUUCACCAACGUUAUUUAUAUUAUAAAUUUGGACAAAAUUC